AUGGAUCUUGGUAAUACUAUCGUUGAUGAGAACGAUGCCUUAAACCAAGACCGUGCUAAGGUCAUAAUUUUCUUUCGUCGUCAUUUAGAUGAAAGAUUAAAAGUAGAGUAUCUUACUGUUAAAGAUCCUCUUGUCCUUUGGCAAGAUUUGAAAGAAAGAUUCGACCACCGGAAAAUUACUUCGCAAUUAUCAUUGUGUGGCGAAAAAAUCACUGAUGAAGAAAUGUUAGAGAAAACAUUCUCUGCUUUUCAUGUCUCUAAUAUGCUCCUGCAGCAGCAAUAUAGAAAGAAAGGAUUUAAAAAAUAUUCUGAACUUAUUGCUUGUUUUCUGUUGGCUAAACAAAAUAAUGAAUUAUUGCUGAAAAAUCAUGAGUCCCGACCAACUGUUGCAAGUCCAUUCCCUGAAGCGAAUGGGACUCAAUUUCAAAAUUCUGGUCAAGGUCGUGGACGUGGCCGUAGAGGUAGCCGUGGAAGAAGCCGUGGACGUAGUCGUGGCCAUGAACGUGAUCGUAGUAGAUUUGUGCCUCGUAAAAAUUAUAGCCGUAGCAAGCAACAAAAUAUUUCCCAAAAGAGGGAAAAUAAUUACGAUCCGAAAAAUGGAGAAAAGAAAGUUUAUGAAGAAAAAUGCUACCGGUGUGGUAUGAAAAGUCACUGGUCCCGUACCUAUCAUACGGCUGAGCAUCUUGUUGACCUUUAUCAAGUAUCAUUGAAAAAGAAAGACAAAGAUAUUGAGACAAAUUUCAUUGAUCAAAAGAAUGAUUAUGAUGAUGCUGAUGAUACUGAUAUGACACACCUCGAUGUAGCUGAUUUCUUUGAACAUCCUGAAGAUGUCAACAAAUAUCCCAUAAUUGUUUAA